GAGAUUUUCCCUCCAAUCAGCGUUUCCCAUUCCAGUCAGCAGAUGACGAUGUGAUGCUUCUUGCGUGACGUAUAAUCUAGUGGACGGGGGUUCUUCAACAGACAAAAGGCUACAGAUUCAACCAACGUGGUGGUUUGCUAGCGAACAUAAAACUGAAAUAUUGAAGCUCUUUAGACUAAUGUUGUAUAUUACUCUUAGUGUUUAGAACUAUGCUUUUCUACGAGUUCAUUUAAACGUAAUUUGCUUGUUAAAUUAGCAAAUGUGGUAAAUUUGAUAAUGUACUAGGCUAAUCGACCGGAACAUGAGCUCACUAAACUAGACGGAGAAAGAAGCUCUUGUGAAAUUAGAGAAAGAAGCUUUUAGAAUGAAAAAGGAGGAAGAGGAGGCUAUCACAUUGAAAGAAGAAGAGGAUGAUAUUACUGGGAAAGAGGAAGAUGGGAAAGAGGUUGUCAGAGUGGAAGAGGAGGUAGAAGUCUUCAGAAUCAAAAAGGAGGAAGAUGCCAUAACAUUGAAAGAAGAGAAUGUAGUGAAAGAAGAGGAAGAACCUUUUGGAGUAAAAGAGGAAGAGGAGGCUAUCUCAAUAAAAGAGGAGGAGGAGACGGAAGUUCCGAUUACCACCAGAGAGAGACAUGACUAUCSUGGAUCCUCUGGGGAGCMUMAACAACAUCCUGAUGCUGACGAGUCAGAGAAGARUCUCUCCAGAUCASAACACCAGAUGGACAACGCUAGCCCUUCCACCCCCCCGGAGUCCCCGUGUCGUGCCUCUCCCGGUUUCUCCUUACUGCUGGGUAUGAAGAGGUUGUCUGUGUGGCUGGUGGACUGCAGGAAAACAACGGGGCAGAGUGGAACUGUGAGAGGAGAAGAGAAGAAAGGAUCAGAUUUGACACAUCAAAGAGAAAAACAAAACUCGGAGGGACCAGAGCCAGAGACGUCCAAACCAGCAAGACGACACCUCUGCUCCCAGAUUGGAAAGAGUUUCAUCAAGUUAGGAAACCUGAAAGUUCAUGAGCGAAUGUACACAGGGAAGAAGCAAUACCAUUGCGCCCACUGUGUAAAGAGUUUUAAACGGUUAGACACCCUGAAAUCUCACGAGCGAACACACACAGGGGAGAAGCCUUUCCAUUGCUCCCAGUGUGGAAAGAGUUUUGGCCAGGUAGGAAACCUGAAAACUCAUGAGCGAAUACAUACAGGGGAGAAGCCUUUCCAUUGCUCCCACUGUGGGAAGAGUUUUAGCCACUUAAGAAAUCUGAAAUCUCAUGAGCGAACACACACAGGGGAGAAGCCUUUCCAUUGCACCCAGUGUGGAAAGAGUUUUAGCCAGAUAGUUAACAUGAAAAGACAUCAGAGGAUACACACAGGAGCGAAGCCACACCAUUGCUCCCAGUGUCGAAAGAGUUUUAGCCAGCCAGGAAAGCUGAAAGCUCAUGAGCGAAUACACACAGGGGAGAAGCCGUUCCAUUGCUCCCAGUGUGGAAAGAGUUUUAUACGGUUAGACACCCUCAAAACUCAUGAGCGAAUACACACAGGGAAGAAGCCAUACCAUUGCGCCCAGUGUGGUGAGAGUUUUAGYCAGUCAGGAAUCCUGAAAGCUCAUGAGCGAACACACACGGGUGAGAAGCCUUUCUAUUGCUCUCAGUGUGGAAAGAGUUUUAGCCAGUCAGGAAUCCUGAAAGCUCACGAGCGAACACACACAGGGGAGAAGCCUUUCCAUUGCUCCCAGUGUGGAAAGAGUUUUAGCCACCUAAGAAAUCUGAAAGCUCACGAGCGAACACACUCAGGGGAGAAGCCUUUCCAUUGCUCCCAGUGUGCAAAGUGUUUUACCCAUUUAGGAAAUCUGAAAGAACAUGUGAGACUGCACACAGGGGAGAAGCCUUACAAGUGCUCAGGUUGUGGGAAGACAUAUUGCUCAUCACAGUCACUAAAACGUCAUGUGAGAAUCCACACAGGAGAGAAUAAUUACUUAUCCGAGUGUGUAAAUUGAUAUUUCACAUUACAUUGACUUAAAGUUCAUCAGAGAACAUACACAGUGCUCCCAUUGUCUUAUAUUUUUGACUGAGAAUGUGUUUACCUGUUUAUACCAUAUGAAAUUGAAUUGUACAAAGUAUACUCAAACAUAUAUUUGUUUUUACUAGAAAACAUGAAGUGAAUAUGGAGUCUGUCAGUUUGAAUAUAGAGUAGAUCAGAUUCCAUGUGUUUAAAUGGUCCUUUUUUAAACUCUGACUGUGUGUGUGUUUAUCUGGGUGUCUUUCCUCCAGCACUACAGAUAAUCAAGUGAUAUUUGGAUGUGAUGAAUUUGCUCCAUUGUUGACAUUUGCAUUGUUGGCCCACUGAUGAUUUAAUGACAUGAAAAUAUUCAGACUCUGUAAUGGAAAAUGUUAAUUGUAUGUGUGUCCACAUAACUGAUUAUGUGACUAACCUUGUGAAACUGUCCUAUUAUAAUCUCCUGUUCUUGGGAGUAUCACAUAAAGAUAUUUGCUAAUCACCCAAUGCUUCAGGAAUUCAGACUGUCUGUACUGCGCUGUGUAACUCUGUUAUUCUCUCUGAGCUCAGAAAUAAAGAAUCUUGGUUUGACUUGGA